UCUGAAAUACAUUGAAGAAUUCAAAAUCAUGUUUCUAGCGAGAAACACACUUUCUAUGUUUUUUGAGAUGAUGGUGAACCGCAUGGCGGCGCUGCAGGCUAAAGAGUCACAGAAAAAGAUCGGCGGAUGCGCCAUUUCCCAGAAAGACGGAGCUGAACCAGUUAAGAAGAGAAGCUUUCUUAGUUGGAACUGGAGGAAAGGUCCAGGAGCCUCAUAUCUCUGAGAUACCAGACAGACGGAUAACAAUUGUAGCCUCGGAUUAUCAUUUGCAAUCGAUCUCGGCUACACACAUACUGAGAGGAGGGGGUAAGAAAUGGAACUUGAUGGAGCGACGAAUCCGCGACAAAGGCAAGUUCUCUUUCUCCUUGUUCUACUGGGUGUGUCUAGGGCGGUCUCAGAGCCGAAACAGUUUUCCGUAGUGGAGGAAAUAGAGAGGGGCUCCUUUGUGGCCAAUGUAGCAAAGACCUUGGGUCUGGAAGUGGGGGAACUGUCGGAUCGGAGGAGCAGAAUCGUUUUCAAAGGGAACAAAGAGUAUUUGCAGCUGAACCGCAGAACUGGGGAUCUGCUCUUGACAGAGAAACUGGAUCGGGAGGAGCUGUGCGGCCCCUCUGAUCCCUGUGUGCUCCCUUUUAAGAUCUUAUUGGAAAACCCCUUUCAGAUUCUUCCGGCUGAAUUAAGUGUACUGGACAUUAAUGACCAUUCACCAGUGUUCUUAGAAACUGAGAUGCUUCUAAAAAUCUCCGAGAGCACCUCCCCCGGGACUGUUUUUCUGCUAGAAAGUGGUAAAGAUUUAGACGUGGGUAGCAACAGUAUCCAGAACUACACAAUCAGUCCCAACUCUCUUUUUCAUAUUCAAAUUCGAGAUAGCAGUGAAGGCAAGAGAUAUCCAGAGCUUGUUCUGGAUGAAACACUGGAUCGAGAAGAGCAGUCUGAAAUGACUUUAACUCUCACUGCAGUGGAUGGGGGAGUGCCACCAAGGUCUGGAACUGUCCAAGUGCGAAUCCUCGUAGUUGAUAUCAAUGACAACGCCCCAGUGUUUGCUCAGUUGCGUUAUGAAGUUCAAAUCCCCGAAAACAGUUCCAUUGGAUCCAAGAUUGUCACAGUUUCUGCCACAGAUUUAGACGCAGGGAAUAAUGGAGAAAUAUCUUAUGCUUUUUUGCAUGCCUCUGAAAAUAUUCGCAAAAUUUUCCACCUUAAAAGGGAAUCGGGAGAGCUUUACUUAAGAGAGAAAGUGGAUUUUGAGUCAACUGAAUCUUAUGUUAUAAAUAUCCAAGCCGCAGACGGUGGUGGCCUUUCAGCAGAAUGUACUGUUAUUAUUCAGGUCACAGAUUUGAACGACAAUCCUCCAGAAGUCACUAUAUCUUCAUUUACCAGCCCCAUCCCAGAGAAUUCUCCUGAGACAGUGGUAGCUGUUUUCAGUGUUUCAGAUCUGGACUCUGGGGAAAAUGGAAAGAUGGUUUGCUCCAUCCAAAAUGACCUACCUUUUGCCCUGAAACCUUCCAUUGAGAACUUUUAUACAUUGGUAACAGAAGGAGCACUGGACAGAGAGUACAAGGCUGAGUACAACAUCACAAUUACAGUGAUGGACUUAGGUUCCCCGAGGCUCAAAUCUGAGUAUAAUCUCACCGUGCUUAUCUCUGAUGUCAAUGAUAACCCUCCCAUGUUUUCUGAGAGAACCUACAAAUUGUACCUGCAGGAGAACAACAGUCCUGCCCUCCACAUUGGAAGUGUCAGUGCCAGUGACAGGGACUCAGGAAUCAAUGCCAAAGUCACUGGAGAACUGCCCCUCUUCUCCUACAUCUCUAUCAACUCAGACAAUGGUCAUCUCUAUGCUCUGAGGUCUCUGGAUUAUGAAGCCAUCCAAGCUUUCCAGUUCACUGUGAGGGCAGCUGAUGGUGGCUCUCCAUCACUGAGCAGCCAGGUUCUGGUUCAGAUUGUGGUCCAGGAUGAGAAUGAUAAUUCUCCCUUUGUUCUGUACCCCCUGCAGAAUGGCACAGCUCCCUGCAAUGAUCUGGUGCCCAGAACUGCAGAGCCAGGUUACCUGGUGACCAAGGUGGUAGCUGUGGAUAGGGACUGGGGACAGAAUUCCUGGCUUUCCUACCAGCUGGUCAAGUCCACAGACCCAGGUCUCUUCACUUUGUGGGCCCACAAUGGGGAAAUUCACACAGCAAGGUCUAUCAGUGAUAGAGAUGACAUCAAGCAGAGGCUUGUGGUGCUGGUGAAGGACAAUGGACAACCAUCUCUAUCCACAAUGGCUACAUUAAAUGUGCUCCUGGUGGAUGGCUUCUCUGAGCCCUAUGUGAACCUACCAGGUGCAUCUAAGGAGGAAGUUCCCACUGACUCCCUAACAACCUACCUAAUAAUUUCCCUGACUACGGUCUCACUUCUAUUCCUGUUAUCUGUUAUAAUGUUCAUUGUCAUUCACCUAUGGAAGAGGAAGAAGGAUUCCACUGACAUUAAGCACCUCACUUCAAAUAACCCCUUCCCAGGACACUUAAUGAAUAUCAGCAGGACAGGAACCCUAUCUCAUAGUUACCAGUAUGAGGUAUGUUUGGCCAGUGACUCUGGAGCCAGUGAAUUUAAAUUCCUAAAACCUAUUAUUCCCACCCUUCCUACUUCAGAGGGAAAUAAGUUAAAUGCAUAGAAAUGAGGGUUUGUAGCUUCCUUCCUUCCCUCUUCCAUUAUUUGCCUCACUUCCUAUAGCAUAAAAGAAUAGAUUUCCAUAUGAUUAUAUUUUAUCAUAAUAUUUUUAGCUUGUCUUUCCACCUCUUCAUCCACAUUUUCCUCUCUGCUGUAUUCUUUCCUGGUAAAUCUUUCCUUCCUUCUUCUGUUCCCCUUAGGUCAUAGAAUUUUCUCUCAGUUACCCUAUUACUUAUCUUUGAAAUGAAUGAACUGUCGUGUUUCCCUUUUUCAUUUAUAACUUAAAAUUUAAUCUUCCUCAGCCAAUGUUUUUUAAGUAUUAAACUUAAUUGUGGUUCCAUACUCUCACUCAGAGUUAACCUCUACUGUAUCACUUACAAAGGAAUGUUUCCAGGAGUUCAUUCUUAUUAUGACAAUGAAAAUAAUUGUGGUCCUCCUGAAGAACAAUCUAGGCAGUUGUUCUAGUAUUUGUUCCUCAUCCCUUUUAAAGUGAGAGAUUCUCAGAGAACAUUAAUGACCUUGUAAUCUAUUAGCUUUUUAUAGUUUUUAUAUUUGGCCCUAAUAGUUUUUAUAAUUGCCCGCAUAUUUCAAAAAACUAAGAUUCAAGCUAUUUGCUUGGAUUUUCUUUUUCAAUUCUUAGACAUCAAAUAUUCCUUUUUGUGGUUUCUGAUGUCAAUUCCCUUACAAAUGCCUCAUUUUGUAAAAUAACAAGAACUAAUCAAGAACAGUAAUAUUUUGGUGAAAAAAAGGACUAUAAUACAGCUCUUUCAAAGUAAUGAAGACAAAUCUGUUAAAUUCUUGUGAAGAAGAACAUGUUCUGGCUUGGAGAUAGUUGUGAAAUAUUAAAUGCAGACUUCUGAUCAGUGAAUAUUCCAAUGUCACUGCACAUUAAUGAUUUCUAAUCUUUAUUUAUUCUUAAUAUAAAUUUCAAGGAGUGGAGUCAUGGCUUUAUUAUGGUUCUGUAAAGUCAUCCUUGUGAGCUACUUUGUGUGUGUAUAUACAUACAUACAUACAUAUAUAUGUUAUAUAUAUGACACUUCUCCCCUUCAAUCACAUAGAUUUGAGUUUUUUGCAUCCUUUAGAUGGACAAGACAUUUUACAUUAUGCGUUAUUGUGAAGUUCAAAUGAGGUAAUAAUUGUAAAAAUCUCAGUAGAGUCUCUGGCACAUAAUAAGUAUUAAUAAAUGAUUCUUCUUUUCCCUCCUUAAGGUCUGAUAACUGUUUUCAUAUUGGUUAUUUAAAUCAUCUUCCAGUAUGGGGAGAAUUCCAGUUCAUGAGUAUCACCAUCUUGGAAAAAGCGUGUGCUAUUGAAUAUCUGUUUGAGAGCUUUGAGAGACUUCAUACACAGCCCUUCUUAAUUUUACCGCACAAUAUUUAAUCUGGAAGGGUCUUCACAUGUUUUUCAAUUCAUUUCCUAUUCAUUGAACUUUGAAAACUUUGAAAAAAAUGUCAUUUAAUGAUACACUUCUAAUUUUUAAAGAAGCUAUUAUCAUCCAGAUUUGAAUGUAGAAGAAAGUUGCAUUUAUUUGAGGCAAAAAUCUACUCUUCAAUUUGCAAAAAAUGUUACUUUUAAGUAUUUUAAAAGAAAGAUUAAAAGGAUAAACUAUGUUUCAUAUUAUCAUAUGGGGCAAGCACUUUUCUUCUUUUCAUAAUCGGAUGCCAAAAAGAUUUGUGAUUUCUUAAGCUUGAGGAACAGCAAUAACUUAAUAGACAAUUGACAGAGAGUAGUCUCUGGUACAUAGAUAUUCAGUGGCUCAACAAUGGCCACAUAAGUAGUAAACUUCAGAAGAGGGAGUUUUGAUUAAGUAUUCCUGAAUCCAAUGAAAUAUGUUGUCUCUUAACUAUGUUGCCUCUUUUCUAGGGUAACAUUACUGUAGAAAUGGUCUAGUUGUGUGCAGUUGUAUACUCUUAUACCAUUAAAAUCUAAAAUAGAGAAUGUGUAGGUGACAUAGAGAGAAUUUCCAAUAUCAGAACAUUCUCUGCAGGUAGAAUUGGCAUAUAUGAUACUGAAAUUUUAUUCUUUCCCUUUUGUUUCUUCUCUUUACUCUUCUGAUGAAUUCAGAAGUUGAUUUGCUGAAAUAGGCACUUUGAAAAUCAACAGCAUACACAUACUGUCUCUCAUAUUCUGAAACUUUUUAUUUCUAAAAUUAAGAAACAUGCAAAAAUUUUCAUCAAAAAGACAAGAAUGUUGAGUAUGGAAUUACAAAUCUCUGUUACUUGUACUUUACUCUAAAAUGUAAUAUAAAUUUAGUGUUAUUUUAAAAAUUAUACUACUUACCUAUGUGUCCUUCUGCUCUUUUCUGUGCGAGUUUUAAAAUGGCAAAAUAAUGCUCUUUUUGUUUUUUUUCUUUUCUUCUUCCCCCGACAUUCUUAUGAAAGCUAUUCUCUAAGACAUAAGUUCUAUUUGCCAGAUUACUGCCUAACUGUUUCUCACUUGUUAAGCUCAAAUAAAAACUUUAUCAUCUAUUGUCCA